UCCUAGCUCCUGGGCAUGCGCACACCUGGUCGGGUCACCGCACUACGCUUCCCAGGAGGCUUUGCCAGGCGCCCUCCGUCACUUCCGAUCUCUGCCCCUCCCGCCAUCCAAGCUCUCGGCAGGCCUGGUGGGCUUUGGUGUUUCAGGGCGGUGACCUUCACUCGGGAGGAGUCGGGGCUCCUGGGCCCCCCAAAAGAAGCUGUGCCGGAAGAUUGGAAGAUGAGCGGUGAAAGCCAGGCGUUCCCUCUAAAGCUGGGCUUUUUCACAGAAAUUGUCCAGGAUGGACCCACAAAGGAAAGGCCCCGUGUCUGUGGGUGGGCAGACUCUUGGAAAUAUGGUUCUCAGUUAGAGAAGCGGGAGGACAAUGAGAAGAAACAUGCUGGAACCAACGCUGGAGAGAAAGCUCAUAGAUGUAAUAAAUGUGGAAAUUCUGCAGCCACACAGUGUGGGUGCAACAAACGUGGAGACAGUGUCAGUCAAAACAAAGUGGCCCAACACCAGAGAAGUCACAAGGGGGAGCAGUCUGAUAAGGGCCCUGAGCGUGGGAAAGGCUUCUUCCGUAGCACAUACCUCACCCAACCCCGCAGAGAGAGAUCUUAUCCCUGUGGCAACUGUGAGGAUGCCUUCUGCCAGGUCUCAGACCUGGUUCAACACCUGAAGACUCACUCUGAAGAGAAAAAUUACAGAUGUAACGAAUGUGGGAAGGACUUCUACUCUAGCUCAGGCCUUAGCAGACAUAGGAAAUUCCACACAGGGGUGAAACUUUUUCAGUGUAAUGAAUGUGACAGGGCAUUCCACAAGAAUAAACAACUUACCCGACAUCAGAAAAUGCACAAUGGUGAUAAACUCCUCAAGUGUAAGGAAUGUGGGAAGGCUUUCUUUGAGAACAAAGCACUUAGCAUCCAUCAGAAAAUUCAUAGUGAAGAGAAACCUUAUGAGUGUCAGGAAUGUGGGAAAACCUUCCGCAGGAACUCCCACCUCACCCGCCAUCAGAAAACUCAUUUGUGAUAGAAAAUGUAUAAUUCCACUGAAUGUAGGAAGGAUUCUAGUCACAGCUUGAGUCUUAAUGAAAGAAAAUUCAUACUGAUUUUAAAGCUUUGUGAUCCAUGUAGGAAGGCAUUCUGCAAGCAUAAACAAGUUGAUGUUACUCUUUUAAUUCUUCAAUGUGUUUUGGAUGCUUUUCUCUGUCUUUGAUAUUAGAGAUUGCAAAUCUAACCCUAAAAGUUAAAGCCCUCUCAUGUAGCAUAGAAGUUUGGUCCAGUACAUGAAGGACCCACAAUUCCCAUUUCUGAUUAUGCAUGUUCUGUACUGUUGUAUGCAAUAACAGUAGCAUUGUGCAAUGAUCAACUUUGAUGGACUUGGCUCUUCUAAGCAAUUAAUUUGAUGAUCCAAGAAGUGCCAAGACUCCUGAGAGAAAGUGUUCUCCACAUCCAGAGAGAGAACCAUGGAGUCUGAAUGCAGAUCGAAGCAGACGGUUUGCACUUCUCUUGUUGUAGUUUUCUUUCUUGUGGCUUUUCCCUUUUGUUCUGAUUCUUUUUUCAC